AUGGCGGAAGAUUGUAAAGGCUACAAAAAGGCAUGCGUAGUAUGCAAUGUGAACAAGAAAUCUUGCCGGAAACCGAAAGCAGCUCUUCAAAGAUACCACGCUGGAUAUUCAAUGGAGAUAAUACACUUGGACAUUCUAGGACCAUUUGCUUCGAUUGAAUUGGGCAAUUCAUAUGUAUUAGUUAUGAUAGAUCAACUCUUGAAAUGGAUAGAGUGUGUAGCGCUGCCGAACCAGUCAGCAGACUUGAUCGCCAGAAAAUUCUUUAGUCGCUUUGUUGUAACAUUUAGGUGUCCUUUGGCCAUUCAUACCAACCAAGGCAGGAACUUUGAUGGAAAACUGUUCAGGGAAUUCUGUGAAAUACUUCAAAUCACAAAGACACGAACGACACCCUAUCACCCGUCAUCGAACCGACAGAUUGAACACUACAACCGGGUGAUUGCACAGAUAAUACAGUGUUACAUAGAGGGAAAGAUCAGACACUGGGAUAAAGAUCUGACAUCUCUAGUCAUGGCACUACAUGCCACAGAAAACAAAUCCACCGGCUAUACACCGAAUCGUUUAAUGCUCGGAAGGGAAAUCAUGUUGCCAGUAGACAUAAUGAUGGGAGUCAGCCAAGCUAACUUGGAGGAUUUUGAACCAGCGGAGUGGGUGCAGAACUUAAACAGGGUCAUGGCUGAGGCUCACCAAUUUGCAAGACACCAUCUCGAAAGCACCCAAAUUCGUCAGAAGAAGGACUAUGAUCUGAAAUUGUGCGAACAAAUGUACAGCACUGGAGAUACAGUGUACAAACUUGAUGAGGCAAUAGUUGUUGGACAAAGCCGGAAACUACGUCCUCCUUGGAAGGGACCUUAUUUGGUGGUUGGAAGUGAACCUCCACUCUAUAUCCUCCUAGACAACAGAAAGAGUUACUUCCCCUUGUGUGGACUUUCUUGUGGCGGGAGAUGCGAUUCGGUCUCUUCGACCCAAGCUAUGAACCAGCAGGACGUGCGGUAA